GCUUGUGCCGUAGAUUCCUUCAUUCUUCUCGUUGUUAGUACUUAAUUAACCUGACCUGCGUUCACUUGGGUUAAAGUAAUGGUGACUUUGGUUCAUGGCUUCAUUUUAUCGAGGUGGUAUCCGAAUCUUCAUACUGGAUGUUGAUACUCUACCUGAUAGGUGAAGGCUUGUUUUGCAAUGCAUCCUAUUUCCUACUACUAGAAAAUUUCUGGGAAAAAAAUGGUUCUACAAAUGAACCAGGUACUGUAGUUGAAUUCUUGUGUCAGUGUCACACUAUACAUAUGAUGGAUGAUCAGACAGCUCCAAGCAUACCAGACAUUCUUUUGGAGUUCCAAGCAUAAUAGAGUAGUAAAACAUACUAUUAUGAGCAGUGGCUGUGUAGAGGUGAAAAUUUUGCUGUUACUGGUAAGAUUUUGGUGGCAAUGCGUAAAACAUGGUUAUAACUGUCACUCCUAGAGUAGAUGACAAUCUUUCAGAAAGAGACAGUAAAGCAUUAGAUUAAGAGAAAGCAAGUACGGAUGGUAGGAUAAACAAAUGGGUAAUGGAGGAUACGUGCUUUUGAGGCAAGCCGAACGGCAUUCAAAAAACCAAAAACGCCAUCUUGUCUUCGUCUUCCCCACUUGGAAUCCUUCACUUCUCCCACCUAAAACCAAGCAUCAGAAUAGUACGCCAUUAUUGAGAGCUCCCUCGUCUCUCGUCUCUCCCUGGUGUCCUUCCCCUUCUCUGAUUCCCAUAGCGACAGCAAAUGAGCAAACACAUCACACCCCUUCCUUUCUCCCGAGAAAUGCCUUAGCUCAUAGCAGAGUUUUUUUUUUCUUCUUCUUCUUUUUUCGCCAUUGCUGUUGUCUGCUUCGUUCUUCCAAAGGAUCACGAGAUGCAGGGGAGGAAGAUGAAGAGCGCGAGGGAGAUGGCCAGGGAGGAGAAGAAUCAUCAUCAUCAUCAUCAUCAGCAGCAGCAGCAGCAGCAAUCGAGCUCCAAAGGCCAAGCAUGGUUCUGCACCACCGGACUCCCCAGCGACGUCGUGAUCGAGGUCGGCGACAUGACAUUCCAUCUCCACAAGUUCCCGUUAAUGUCGAGGAGCAAGAAGCUCCACGACCUCAUCACCAACAGGGAGUCGCGAGCUGCGGGCGGAGGAGAGCAAGAUGAGGAGGAGGAGGAGGAUGCCGGCGAGAUCAGAGAGGAGGAGGUGGUGCUGGAGGUCGACGAGGACUCCGACGUGCACCGCAUCCGCCUCCCGGACUUCCCCGGCGGCGCGGAGGCGUUCGAGCAGGCGGCCAAGUUCUGCUACGGCGUCAAGCUGGACCUCACGCCGGCCACCGCCGCGCCGCUCCGCUGCGCCGCCGAGCGCCUCGGCAUGUCCGACGACCACUCCGACGACAACCUCAUCUCCCGCGCCGACAGGUUCAUGUCCCACACCGUCCUGAGGAACCCCAGGGACGCCAUCCGAGCCCUCAGGUCGUGCGAGGGCCUCCUCCCCCUCGCCGACGACCUCGGCCUCGUGUCACGCUGCGUCGACGCCAUCGCCGCCAAGGCCGCCGCGUCCACGCCCACCGCACUGUUCGGUUGGCCCAUCAACGAUGCCGCCGCCGCCGCCGCCGCCGCCGCCGGCGACCGUCCGCGCCGCAAGAACAAUGCCGGCGCCGGCGCGACGUGGUUCGACGACCUCGCCGGCUUGUCGCUGGCCACGUUCACCCGCGUCAUUGCCGCCAUGAAGGAGCGGAACGUCGGCCCGGAGAUCAUUGAAGGCGCUCUCAUCGCCUACGCCAAGCGCUCCAUCCCUGGGCUGUCGCGCUCCGGCCGCCAUGUAGGCGGCGCCACCGCCGCCGCCGCGGCUGCGCCGUCAUCGGACGGCGAGCAGAAGGCGCUUCUGGAGACCGUCAUCGCCAACCUCCCGGAGGAGACCAUCAAGAGCAACGCCCACACCGGCACGGCCGUGGGCGCCACGACGGCGCGCGUCCUCUUCGGCCUCCUGCGCACGACGAGCAUCCUACAGGCGUCGGAAUCCGCCCGUGACAUGCUCGAGCGGCGCAUAGCCGCGAGGCUCCCCGACGCGGCCCUCGACGACCUGCUCAUCCCGAGCUACUCCUACCUCGUCGAGACGCUCUACGACGUGGAGUGCGUCGAGCGCAUCGUGCGCUACUUCCUCGAAGGCCGAGACGCCGACGACGGCAACGACGACGGCAGCGAGCUGGAGACACCGGGCAGAGAGGCCAGCCGACGAGCCAUGCUCGCCGUUGGGAGGCUGAUGGAUGCCUACCUGGGCGAGAUCGCCGCAGAUGCCAACCUGAAGCCGGACAAAUUCUGUGACCUCGCCUGGGCAUUGCCGGACGGCGCCCGCGUCUACGACGACGGCCUCUACCGUGCCGUCGACAUCUAUCUCAAGGCUCAUCCUGGAUUGAGGGAAGAAGAGAAGGAGAAGGUGAGCGGUGUCGUCGACGGCCGCAAGCUGACGCUAGAGGCAUGCACGCACGCGGCGCAGAACGAGCGGCUGCCGCUGCGGACGGUGGUGCAGGUGCUCUUCUUCGAGCAGCUCCAGCUGCGUCGCGCCAUUGCAAGGACAAUCAUGGCGAACGAAGGUGGAGCAGCUGGUCAAGGGGAGGAAGAAGGCGACAGCGAUGCCGGUGGAACAUGGCGGGUGGCGACAAGGGGGAACCAAAUGCUGAGGCUGGACAUGGACAGCAUGCGAAACCGGGUGCAGGAGCUGGAGCGUGAGUGCACAAGCAUGAGGAAAGCCAUUGAGAAGAUGGACCGGCGUGGCGGCGGCAGCACGCCAGGGGAGAGAGGAGCAACGCCGGCGAUGGAAGGACGGUGGGGAUCAAUGGUGACGAAGCGGUUCGGGUGCAAGUUCCCGGCGCAGGUGUGCCAGUCACAGCAGCGCACGGUGGUGGCGCGGCCUCGCCGGCCACGAAUCGAGCAGAGCCCCUGAAAUUCUUCUCCCUUGCACAUCAUAGCUUCCACUUGUUUUCUCGUGUUGAUUCUUUACUUAGAUUUGUGGAAAAUGGAGGGGUUUUCCUUGGGAGAUAUUGAGUUUUACCAUGUUUGAUCAUUGAAUUGUAGCGGUGCACAAUUGCUCAGUGCCAUCUGGAUGGCCAAUGCAUCAAGUCAUACGUUGGCUAAGCAAAGUGAAUCAUCAUUUCUUCAUC